AUGGCUGUUCCCAACAUCAAGCUCAACAGCGGCUAUGAGAUGCCCCAGGUUGGCUUUGGCCUCUGGAAGGUCGACAACGCAACCUGCGCCGACACUGUCUACAACGCCAUCAAGGCUGGCUACAGGCUCUUUGACGGUGCUUGCGACUACGGCAACGAGGUCGAGUGCGGCCAGGGCGUCGCCCGCGCCAUCAAGGACGGCCUCGUCCGGCGCGAGGACCUCUUCAUCGUCUCCAAGCUGUGGAACACCUUCCACGACGGCGAGCGCGUCGAGCCCAUCGCCCGCAAGCAGCUCGCCGACUGGGGCGUCGACUACUUCGACCUCUACCUGAUCCACUUCCCCGUCGCCCUCGCCUACGUCGACCCGGCCGUCCGCUACCCGCCGGGCUGGCACUACGACGGCGUGUCCGAGGUCCGCACCUCGCGCGCCUCGAUCCAGGAGACCUGGGCGGCCAUGGAGCGGCUCGUCGACGCCGGGCUCGCGCGCUCCAUCGGCGUCUCCAACUUCCAGGCCCAGCUGCUGUACGACCUGCUGCGGUACGCGCGCGUCCCGCCCGCGACCCUGCAGAUCGAGCACCACCCCUACCUCGUCCAGCCCGAGCUCGUCCGCCUGGCGCAGCACGAGGGCGUCGCCGUGACGGCCUACUCGUCCUUCGGCCCCGCCAGCUUCCAGGAGUUCAACAUGGAGCACGCCACGGCGCUGACCCCGCUGACGGAGGAGCAGACGGUCGCCCGCAUCGCCCAGCGGCACGGCAAGUCGCCGGCCCAGGUCCUGCUGCGGUGGUCCACCCAGCGCGGCCUCGCCGUCAUCCCCAAGUCCAGCAGCGAGGCCCGCAUGGCCCAGAACCUCGACUGCACCGCCUGGAGCCUGUCCGACGACGACAUCGCCGCCAUCAGCGCCCUCGACAAGAAGACCCGCUUCAACCAGCCCUCCAACUACUUCCCCACCGAGAAGCUCUGGAUCUUUGGCUAA